UUUUCUGUCUCUCAGUGGUAUUUAACAUUUUUGAAUUUUGAAUUUUGAAUUUUUAAGUCCAAGUAUCAAUAACUGACUAUCAAAAAGCCUGUAAAAACCUGAUGAUUAUAAUACUUUCAUACGCACAGAUUUCCAUGGAAACUCGAUAACUGCCUGUUAAAAGAGGCCCGUCAAUCAGCCCUUGCGUAUUUAAAUAAAAUGCACUCUUUGUCAAACAACAAGCUUAACGUGUUGAGCGAAAAACUACAACUGCUAUAAUAAGACUUCUAAACAGAAUUUUUCACACUCUGCAAAAUCGUCGAGACUUUCAUUUCCUAGUUGUGCUACAAUUGAAUCAAUACUACUUUGAUGGUGGUCGGAGGAUCUUUAUUUCGCAGUCAACCAAACCAUUAAAAUAAUUAUGCGUACUUUUUUCCGUAUUUUAUUUUGUUAAAUGAUUUCUGUUAAAAUUUUACCUGCGGGCAUUAGCACUGGAUUGGUAAUUGAGAAUUCUGGCAGAAGAAAGUGUAAUAUUUUCCUGUUAGCAGCUGAAUGACAAGAUUGUCCAAUGAAUAUCAACAUGAUGUACACAGGUGUGACACGAAAAUCAUAAUAGAGGUUCAUUUGUGAUCAGUGGUCGACAGUUGGCUAAGUUAAACUGUUCCAUUUGUUUAGAAAACGAUCAUCAGAGACGCUGAUACAGCUACUUGUUAUUGGAAUUCCCUGUACAGCCGGACAAGAUCAAAUUAGCAACCUUUUUUUUCAGCCCCUUGCAGUAUGACAGAAAACUGCUCGGUAAAUUGCUCAGAGGGCAAAAACAUGACACAAGACACGAAAUUAUGUAAGGAUUUCACCUUGUUUGAAGUCGAAAGCGUUCCGCUAUCGAUCAUCAUACUGAACUCCGGGUUGAACACCAUUCUUGUGAUAGUGUCAAUCUUAGCGAAUAGUUUGGUUGUAUCUGCGGUAUGGAGAACUCCCUCGCUACGUUAUCCUUCGAUCGUGUUCCUCUGCGGUCUCGCCGUGUCCGAUCUAGCCAUUGGUUUGGUCGUCCAGCCCUGGUUCGUUGCUGUGGAGUUGUUAAAAAUUCACGGACUUCCAUCAGGAGGCGACUGUACGCUGGAAACAGCGUUUUUAGCACUGGGUUUUUUAGUUUGUGGUGUUUCAUUUGGUCUUGUAACACUCAUCAGUGUGGACAGAUACAUAGCGAUUCAAUAUCCCCUGAGGUAUCCCAGUAUUGUAACCCUUCCUCGUGUGCUUUUCCUCAUCACAUUGUGCUGGUUAGCAAGCACUUUUUGUUCGAGUCUAAUUCUUUGGCAUUUUAGCGCAUUUUUGUACGUCGUGGCCACUGUGAUGAUGGUGUUCCUUGGAACAUCCACGGUUAUCCAUGUAAUUAUCUACAGAAUAGUUCGUCGACACAGAAACGAGAUCCGGGCACAAGAACAGGCAGUCCAAACGACAAACGAAUUCAACAUGGCACGCUUUAAGAAAACCGCCGUGAAUACGUUCAUCGUCUAUUAUUUUUUGCUCCUGUGUUACGUUCCUUUUUCUAUCGCUUGGGUGCUGAGGAUGACGGGAGCCACCAGCCUCGACAACCCGAUAGUGUGGAAAGUAGCGAACACAAUAGUGUUUCUGAACUCUGCCGUCAAUCCGUUUCUUUACUGUUGGCGCCUUCCUGCUAUACGUGCACCAGUCAUGACUUUAUUGAAGAAAAUCUUUUGUCGCUGAACAAUCACUGGAGUAUGAAAACUACAAAUGAUCACAUAGAAGACCAUAGCUUUUUUUUUUUUAAUGACAAGGUUACCUGUGAGUAAGUGUGCAACUGACGUUUAUAAACCGGCUGAAAUUGCCGUGUUGUGGAGAUGCUCUCAUGUUAGUGAAUUGUAGUAAGUACUAAACACGGAUUUGGGGAGAGCUUGACUUAAAUAUAUCGACGUUUUUGUUGUCAAAAUUCGUCCGAUUUUUGUCGAUGUGGCUUGCUAGUUUAAAGGUUUCGUUUUACUUUGAGGCAUCCAUGCAUUAAGGAGUUUUUAGCUUUUUCGUGUUCAUACUAUAACAAACUGGUAAACAACUCAGAUUAUCAUUCGAUGCAUUUUUUCCUUCCGUUUCAUUGGCCGAGAGCCCACCAC